UGGUCCAAUCUUCAGCUUAGCCUCUUCCCGCCAACAAAAAAACCCUAAAAAAAUGUUCAUCUAAAUUAGGGUUUGAAAGAUCUGACAUUUCUCCCAUUCAAAAUGAGCCACCGUCGAAAUUUGCAUCUCUUAUCAAAAUUCCCCAAAAGACUCCAUCUUUACACUACCCAUCAUCGAGUUCUUACUACCCAAUCAUUUACUACCCAUUUGGAGCAAACCCCACCUGACAAAAUCACACAAAACACAGAAAAAAUCUGCAGAAUAUUAUCAGAAAACCCGAAUUCAACCUUAAAAACUUUACUCCAUGGUCUCCCAAUUGAGGCAUCACCGCCUUUAGUAUUAGAGGUUUUAAAAAGAUUAACCAAUGCAGGCGUUCUUGCAUUAUCAUUCUUCAGAUGGGCAGAGAAUCAAAAAGGGUUCAUUCACACCACUGAUAGCUACAAUGCUUUGAUAGAAUCAUUAGGCAAGAUCAAGCAAUUUAACAUGAUAUGGAAUUUAGUUUCUGAAAUGAAGCUUAAAGGGCUAUUAACUAAGGACACUUUUGCAUUGAUUUCUAGGAGAUAUGCACGAGCUAGGAGAGUUAAAGAAGCUGUGAAUACAUUUGAGAAACUUCAGAAGUUUGGGUUCGACAUUGAGUCGACGGAUUUUAAUAGACUGCUCGAUACUUUGAGCAAGUCGAGGCAGGUGCAGAGCGCACACGAGGUGUUUGAUAAAAUGAAAAAGAGAAGGUUUGCGCCGGAUAUUAAAUCGUAUACUAUAUUGCUGGAGGGUUGGGGUCAAGAGAGGAAUUUGUUGAAGUUGGAUGAGGUUUAUAGGGAGAUGAAAGAUGAGGGGUUUGAACCGGAUGUUGUGACUUACGGUAUUCUUAUUAAUGCUUAUUGUAAGGCUCGGAAGUAUGAUGAUGCCAUUGUGUUGUUUCGUGAGAUGGAAGCUAAGAAUUGCCAGCCUAGUCCUCAUAUAUUUUGUACUUUAAUUAAUGGGUUAGGUUCCGUAAAGAGGCUGCGUGAAGCUUUAGAGUUUUUUGAUAGAUCAAGGGCGAGUGGAUUUGCACCUGAGGCUCCGACCUACAAUGCAGUUGUGGGAGCUUAUUGUUGGUCGAUGAGGAUGGAUGAGGCGUAUAGGACGGUUGAUGAGAUGAGGAAAUGUGGGAUUGGUCCGAGCUCGAGAACUUAUGAUAUAAUUCUUCAUCAUUUGAUAAAGGCUCAAAAGACAGCAGAGGCUUUUUCAGUUUUUGAGAGAAUGUUAUGUGAAAAAGAAUGUGAACCGACUUUAAGUAGCUAUGAGAUCAUAGUUAGGAUGUUUUGUAAUAUGGAUAGAGUGGAUCGAGCCAUAGCGACUUGGGAUCAGAUGAAGGCUAAAGGGAUCCUUCCUGGUAUGCAUAUGUUCUGUGUAUUAAUCAACAGUUUGUGCCAUGAAAAUAAGCUAGAUCUAGCUUGCAAAUACUUUGAGGAGAUGUUGAAUGUGGGCAUUCGGCCUCCGGCUGCUUUGUUUAGUCAUCUGAAACAAACUCUUCUUGAGAAGGGAAUGAAGGAUACUGCUGUGCUUUUGGCACAGAAGCUUGAUAAGCUCAGGAAAACGCCAUUUGUUGGUUGAAUUAUUCACCUCUAGCCAGGCCAUCAGUGACAAUCUAUAUCGCACGGCAACUGAAACGAUAAUACGAAAACAGUGAAACCGAAACAAAAUGCUGAAACGCAUGAUUCGAUAAGUUUCCGUACAACAUAGAUAAUGGGGUUGGGACUCUGUAAUGCGGUUUGGAAUGAUGUGAAACAUGGUUUUAGCUGUCAA